AUGUCAAAAGACGAGAAAGAAUGCGUUAUUCCUGAUGUGAUAUAUGAUGCAAACUUGGCGAAAAGUUAUAUCAAAGGACGAUUUUUUGGGAAGGGUGGUUUUGCAAAAUGUUAUGAGAUUAGAGAUUCAAAAACACAACGCGUAUAUGCUGGGAAAAUUGUGCCAAAGUCACAAAUUACAAAAAGCAAUCAUAGGGAAAAAAUGACACAAGAAAUUUCUAUUCAUCAAACUUUGAAGCACAAAAAUAUUGUGGACUUUUAUGGCUUCUUUGACGAUCCACAAAAUGUAUAUAUAAUUUUGGAACUAUGUAGAAAAAGGUCAAUGAUGGAAUUACAUAAACGUAGAAAAGCAUUAACAGAAUGUGAAACCAGAUAUUAUAUGAAACAGAUUUUAGAGGGUGUGAAUUACUUACACCAAAAUAAAAUAAUUCACAGAGAUCUAAAAUUAGGUAACUUAUUUUUAAGCGAUGAUCUGCAAGUUAAGAUUGGUGAUUUUGGUUUGGCUACAAGACUAGAGCAUGAUGGGGAACGUAAAAAAACACUAUGUGGGACACCUAACUAUAUAGCACCAGAAAUUUUAACUAAAGCUGGACAUUCUUAUGAAGUUGAUAUAUGGAGCAUUGGGUGCAUUAUGUACACUCUGCUUGUGGGUAAACCUCCAUUUGAAACAUCAAGUUUACAGGAAACCUAUUCUAGAAUAAAACAAGUCCAAUAUAAAAUUCCGACACAUAUCAAUACAAUUGCAAUGAACAUGAUAUCUAAUAUGUUACAAGGAAAUCCAUCCAAACGUCCUUCCAUAUCAAAACUAAUGAAGGAUCCAUUUUUUACUUGUGGUUUUAUGCCAGUUAGUUUACCAUUAUCAUGUUUAACAAUGGCACCUCGCUUAGACAUGCUGGAAAUGCAUAAUCAACGCAAACCACUAUCUGAAAUGAAUACUAAUGUUGGAGGAGAGGGGCAAAACUUCGUAUUUCGUGUACCCAAUAGUCCAGCGCAUAAAACAAAGCUUGCAGAUACGAUAAGCGAAGUUCAGAAAAUGAAUCUUGACAUUAGAAACAUGCUUCAGUCAUUGAGAGAACAGGUGGCUGCUGUAUUAAAGGCUAAACCAAGUAGAGAGACAACUUCGUCAGCAGAUGAAAUGACUGAUCCAGCUGCACAACCUGUUGUAUGGAUAAGUAAAUGGGUUGACUAUUCAGAUAAAUAUGGGUUUGGAUACCAACUUUCUAAUGAUGGCGUAGGUGUAAUGUUCAACGAUGGUACCCGUUUAAUAAUGCUAGCUAAUUGUUUCAACAUUCACUACAUAAAUCGUGAAGGAAACGAAUUGUAUUAUACAGUCAGAGAAUACCCAACUGAGUUAGACAAGAAAAUGAAGCUAAUGAACUUUUUUCUAAAGUACAUGAAAGAGCAUUUAAUGAAAGCUGGAAGUUCUGUUUCUGUGAAACCAUGCGAUGCCAUGUCUAGGAUACCAUACAUGCAUCAGUGGUUUAGAACACAAAGUGCUGUAGUAAUGCAAUUGACUAAUGGAACAGUCCAAAUAAAUUUCCUAGAUCAUACCAAAAUUAUUAUGUGUCCACUAAUGGCAGCUGUUACAUAUAUAGAUGUAGAAAAAAAUUUUAGAACUUACAGAUUUCAAACUAUACAAGAAAACGGAUGUUGUAAAGGUUUGGCUAAAAAUUUGGCAUAUGCUUACGAAAAACUUGUAUUAAUGUUAUCGAAUCCUCAAACUCGAUAA